AUGGCAGUGGGAUUCCUGGCGGGCCAGACCGGCUACCCCUGCCGGACCUACGCCUUCUACCGAGGCGCCCUCGCCCCGAACUACCCCGACCUCGCCUCCAUCGGCGACCUCUUCGGCGUCAGCCGCCUCAUGAUCGCCAAACCCAGCAACAUCUCCACCUCCGCCUCCGCCCUGUCCGCCCCCCUCGUCGCCGACCAGCCCCUGUUCGUCCCCCUGACCUGCUCCUGUAACCCCACCAACAGCACCAACAACAUCUCCAGCGCCAACACCAACUACACCAUCCGCUCCGGCGACAACUUCUACCUCGUCUCCACCCAACCCUUCGAGAACCUCACCUCCUACCAGUCGGUCAAGGUCGUGAACCCCUCCCUGGUCCCCACGAGCCUAACCAUCGGGGACGACGUGGUGUUCCCCAUCUUCUGCAAGUGCCCGAACACAACCCAAGUGGCGGGCGGGGUCAAUUACCUGGUCUCGUAUGUGCUCCAGCCCAGCGACAACCUCUCAAGCGUCGCGUCGAGAUUCGGGGUCUCAGAACAGAGCAUCGUGGACAUCAAUGGCAACAACACCAAACCCACCGAGACCCUCUUCGUGCCUGUCUCCAAGCUCCCGAAUCUGACCCAACCCAACGUCUCCGCCGCCGACGUCGCCCCUCCGGCCGCGAGGGAGGAGAGGACAGGGGUCAUCGUGGGGCUGGCCAUCGGGGUCGGACUCCUCGGGGCGUCCUUGAUUCUGGGGAUCGGGCUCUUGGUUCACAGGGAGAGAUCGAGCCAAUAA